CGCCAUGGAGCGGCCCGAGCCGGACGCCGCCUCCGACGACGCCAUGGACUCGUUCUUGGAAAAGUUCCGGAGCCAGCCUUACCGUGGCGGCUUCCGCGAGGACCAGUGGGAAGAGGAAUUUGAAAAGAUCCCCCUAUUUAUGAAGGAAGCACCGUCAGAAAUUGAUCCCAAGGAGAAUCCUGACUUGGCUUGCCUCCAGUCAAUUAUUUUUGAUGACGAGCGAUCUCCAGAAGAACAGGCUAAGACCUAUAAAGAUGAGGGCAAUGAUUAUUUUAAAGAAAAAUGCUAUGAAAAAGCUGUGAUUUCUUAUUCUGAAGGCUUAAAGAAGAAAUGUGUAGACCCUGAUUUGAAUGCUGUUCUUUAUACCAACCGGGCAGCAGCACAGUACUAUCUGGGCAAUUUUCGUUCUGCUCUCAAUGAUGUGAUGGCUGCCAGAAAGCUAAAACCAAACCACCUCAAAGCAAUAAUAAGAGGUGCCUUAUGCCAUCUGGAACUGAAAAACUUUGCUGAGGCUGUGAACUGGUGCGAUGACGGGCUGCAGAUAGAUGCCAAAGAGAAGAAGCUUCUGGAAAUGAGGGUUAAAGCAGACAGACUAAAGCGAACUGAACAAAGGGAUAUAAGGAAGGCAAAGUUGAAAGAAAAGAAGGAGCGGAAUCAGAAUGAGGCUUUACUCCAGGCUGUGAAGGCUAGGAACAUCAGGCUAGUCUCUGAAGCUGCCAGUGAGGAUGAAGAUUCAGCCUCAGAAGGCCUCAGUGAACUCCUGAAUGGGCUCAGCUUUGAGAACCCCUCUGGAGCCAGGCUGAGUAUAGAUGACCAGGGCAGACUGAGCUGGCCUGUGCUCUUUCUAUACCCGGAGUAUGCCCAAUCGGACUUCAUAUCUGCUUUUCAUGAGGACUCCAGGUUUAUUGAUCAUCUAAUGGUGAUGUUUGGUGAAACACCCUCUUGGGAUUUGGAGCAAAAAUACUGUCCUGAUAAUUUAGAGGUCUACUUUGAGGAUGAAGACAGGGCAGAACUGUACCGGGUGCCUCCCAAGUGCACCCUGCUGCAGGUGCUACAGCAUCCCAGGUACUUUGUAAAAGCCCUGACACCAGCAUUUUUGAUCUGUGUGGGAUCCUCUCCUUUUUGUAGAAAUUACUUCCGGGGGAGAAAGGUACACCAGGUAAAGUGACCAAGCCAGGCUGCAGAGCCAGGCUACCUGGAUUUCCCAGAUCCUCCUCCUGCCUGGAAUAUAACAUACUUGAAUCUGCUGGACAUACUCCUAGAAUCCAACACUUUCUGGCAUCCUGUGGACAGUCCUUCCUCAUAUCGUGUGUGGGGAGGAGCUGCUGACAUCUCUGAGCUGCAGCCUCUUUGGUCAAAGUGCUAAGCCUCAGCUAGUCUUCACUCUUCUCUGCUGACACAAAACUCUGUGCCUUGGUCAUGACAUCCUUGGACUCACUGUGAGCUGUGUUAACCACCAGCCUCCAUCUCUGAAGGCACCAUCUGUUGCAGUUACCACAGCAGCUGACCUGAGAAACUCACUGGACUGACUCAGGAUCCAGUGACCUGGUUCUGAACUUUUGUGGAAUUAGAGGCUUUGGAGAAGCUACCCCUCAAACUGCACAUAUACACAAACCACACAUGUAAUUUUAAGGCAUUAAAGCUGAGAGACACUGGCCUCUGGUUAUUUCAUGAGCAUGGAGGGUGGUUCUGUGGGGAUACUGUAGAUACCUUGGGGUAAGAUGGGGCCAGGAAAGCCAGGUCCUUUUCUACAUCUAUAAACACCUACAACCUGGGAUCCUCCAGAACCCCUAAAAGGUUUGCCAAUUUUCCUGAUCUUUGCAAAAUGGAAGACUGUGAUACACUUGGAUAGUGGACUCUACCUUCUUCCCCAGUUUUCAUAUUUUAGGAUUUUGUGCCUUUUAACCUGGAAAACUUUUUUGCAUGUUGAGUCACUGUCAUAAGUUGUACCUAGAGGGUUUUAUAUGUCCUUACCUGUAGCCAUGUGACUUCUUGCAGUGCCCAUCCCACCCCCAGGGAGGAGUGUACUUCCCUGAAGAGCCAUGGUGUGGAAGGUUCAUGUUCUUUUCCUUCUGCCAUGAGAACAUAUUUCCCAGAUUGGGGCUGUUCCUUUAGCCUGGGUGCCAGGAUGGUAAGAUGUGGAGCAGAGCUGCAGCAGCUGCCCUGCAGUCACUGAUUGUAACAUGAAUAAGAAGUAAAUGUUUGUUGUAGUAAUGGCACUGAGAUUUGGGGGUUGUUUGUUACUAUAGCAAAGCUAACUAACUAAUACAUCAUUAAACUGAAACCAGCUGUUGACCUUAA